AUGGUUUCAUCCAACUCCAAAGCCGCCGUUGUGGCGUUCAACCACCGGAUCACCUCGAAGUUGAUUCUUGUCACUCUUUGCAGCUCCUUUGUCACCAGCGCAGCUGCCUACGAAUCCCAUGAUUUCUGGGGCCGACAAGCCGCUGCCGCUCCUGUGGCACCUGCCCAGCCUACUGCAUUACCGGUUCCAACUCCCGUCACUCCUGCAGCCGGAGAUCUUCAAACGCUGAACUAUCCUCCAAUCAUGAAAUCCAUGGCCCCUUCAACGAUGACUGCUCUUCCGGCUACAUACACUCCGGGAACCGUUUCGCCGAUUCGUGGAGCUCCUCCGCUCCCUUCGACCAACUUGAAUGUCGCGUUAUAUCCUGCCCUGGAUCGUCUUCCUCCGCUUGAUUCUCCAUUGGUCAAAGAAUGGAUGAGCAAAAUUGAUUGGAGCAAGGCUCCAACGAGCUCUCCUACCGGUUUGGGCGGAUGUCUGAACGCAACAAAUGCGGAUGCCGUAUCCAAAUCCGGGAAAGACGACAACUGCUGGUGGACUUGUGGUGGUUGCACACGUCCCACAGAUAUUGUCUCUUGUCCCGACAAGGCGACUUGGGGUGCCAGUUUUGACGAUGGGCCCUCGCCCGACACACCGACUUUGUUGAACUACCUGGACCAACAAAAGCUGAAGACCACGUUCUUUGUCGUUGGAUCAAGAGUUCUCAGUCGGCCCGCAAUGCUGCAAUACGAGUAUCAAACAGGACAUCAGAUAUCCGUUCAUACCUGGUCCCAUCCUUACCUAACAACUCUCACCAACGCAGAGAUUGUCGCGGAGCUUGGUUGGUCAAAGAAGGUGAUCAAAGAUGUUUUGGGUGUCACACCGAACACCAUGCGUCCUCCCUACGGUGAUAUCGAUGACCGUGUGCGUUUCAUUGCUAUGUCAAUGGGAUUGACUCCUAUCAUUUGGACUACUGCACCUUCUGGCCAAACCUUCGAUACCCAGGAUUGGAAAAUCUCGACUGGAAUCGUCACCCCCGCACAGGUAUUAAAGAACUUCCAAUCUAUCAUUGCCGGGGCUCCUGACCUUCCAACAGGGUUCAUUGUAUUGGCACACGACCUUUACCCUCAAAGUGUUGCGCUCGCCGUGGAGUUUGUUCUACCAGCCGCCAUUGCUGCUGGAAACUUAACCAUAGAGCCCAUCAUCACAUGUCUGGGAAAGCCUCUGUCCGAAGGUUACAUUGAAACUGCCAAAGGUGGCAACGCUUCUUUCCCAUCAUCCAGACGCGAAACCUCUCAAACUGCCGUCAGCGCUGCCUCAAAAGCACCUGGCGGAGCCAAACCUUCGAUUUCUUCAAGCUCUCGUUCAACCACACGUGAAAUUGCUUUCAUUUUCUCUGCCAUCGGAUUAGCUAUACUCAAUGUGUACUAG